UGCCAGCAGCAACAGUUCAUUCGUCGACACUGAGUGGAAUAAUUACUGAAAGCUAAAGCAUGAAAACAAAAUACAGUAGGCGCUGGGGUGUGUGCAAAAAUCAAAACGGGGUCCAGAAUCCAUGGAAUGAAGUUGUUGAACUAGAUGUUUACUCGAUGAUUGUCUACUUGGAAAAUAAGGUGUGAUUCCUGCAAUUAGAUUAAGUUUCUGCCCCAGGCCUAGGACGGAAAUAUGAGUUUGGGAGUAAAAUAGGGUAUUGAAAUUUCCAGAAACUGGAAGGCUGGAGUCAUGUUUGUGGACUGAGUGGAGACAUUCUACAAAACAGUCACCCAAUUUGCAUUUGGCUGCUAAUUCUCGCUGCAUGGAUAACGUUAUUCUGGCAGUGACUUUUUAUUAAAACGAGCAUCAUUGUGCAUAAGCUGUGAACAACCAAAAACGGAUAGUUAUUUGUGUCUUUCUAUGUGAAGACUGAACAAGCAGAGAUGUUUGAAAAUAAAAAAAAAGUGCUGGAGAAACUCAUUGACAAGAAUGUGGACACAGACAGCCGGAGGUGCAGCCAAAUCGGGAGAAGGCAUGAUGUCGCAGGUCGAGGGGAGACGUGAUGCUGCAAAAAUGAAGAUACAAAGCAGCCAUUUUGUGAUCCUUUCAUUUGGAGUUUUGAACUCUUAUACUCAAGAUGAAUAUUGUUUAAUAAUUUAACACUGCUGUUUAGCAUACGCCAUCAAAAUGCAACAGUGGACAUUUUCAAUUUUUCAGAAGAUAUAAAUUGAGAAUUACUAUAUGUACAGCACAGCAUUCUAGGGAUGGAGGAGAGUGUGCACACAGAUAAAGCUGAAGGUGACAUGUCAGAGUCCAAUAGUAACCAUGGAAACCAACUGAAGAACUUGGUUAACAUAAGUGGUAAUUGUAGUAGAUCAACCCAAUAUUCAGAAGAUGAUUUGCUCUGCAAAGAAUCAGAAGUUCAUCUUUUACCCACUAGUAGGUUGGUGACAACCAAAAAUAAAAAUGAAACUGGAAAUAAAAUGAAGGAACAACAGAUGAGCAGCAAUUUUUCGCACACUGUAGACAUUCAGCACCGUGCAGACAUCAGAGAUACUAAAGGGCUCAUUUGCAGUACUUGUGGGAGUACAUUAAGCUGUAGAAGCUCUCUGGAUAAGCACAUGUUGAUCCAUUCCAGCAGAAAACCAUAUCAUUGUGCAGUGUGUGGGCAGUCACUUGCAGCAAAGGACCACUUGCAGAGUGUGAAGUUGCCAGCGGGACAAUCUGAUAUCAGUGAUAACACUGAGAAGACUUCUGUACCAGAAGAAGCAGGACCAUUCUGGAAUUCCAUGGUAGCUGUGGGGAUGCUGUUCGUCUGUGAAACAUGUGUUGCUUACAGAAAUCUCUUUGAGGCUCAAGAGACCUCCGUCCAUAAAUGGAUGGCCCGGAGGCAGAAUGAACCUCUGCAUGUUCGUGUGCAAAGACUAGAGCGUGAACGGACUGCAAAAAGACUUAAACGUGCUAAUGAAUCAGCAGAUGAAAGGGAGAUGAGGAGGCUGAGAGAUCGUGAGGCCAAACGUCUUCAGAGAAUGCAGGAGUCAGAAGACCAGAGGACAAGAAGGUUACAACGUGAAAGAGAAGCUAUGAGAUUGAAAAGGGCAAAUGAGACUCCAGAAAAACGGCAGGCAAGACUCCUAAGAGAGAGAGAAGCAAAAAGAAUAAAAAGACGUUUGCAGAAGUUAAAUCCUAGUCUAUCAGUUCAUAUUUCUCAGAAAUCAAUACCAGAAAUGAGCUCAUUCCAGCUUCAUGUUGCUUGCCCCAAUCUAUAAAAUUAAUAUAUAAAUGAGUAAAUUUGUCUUUAUUUUUGCUCUGAAACAAAAUCUAUCCCAGCAUUCCACCCAGUAUGAGAUAGAUUUGCAUUGGAAAUACAGUAAUGGUGCAGAAUAGAAGAUACAAAAUAAGCAAGUUCUUGUAGCUGUGUAGUCGUACAAUCUGCAGUAACUUGUAUAAAACUUACAAAGUCGCACUUUUUGAAGAACCAACGAUCUCAAUCUCCAGUGAAUCUCUGUUCUUUGUGUAUUUCUGUUGACUGGAAUUAUGUGGCUCAUUUUCUUAGCUGUUACAUUAAAUUAUUUUACUG